AGCGUGCAGAGUGAAAAAAAAAUUUACACGCGGCACUCAGCUGGUGGUCGAGCCUAUAAAUACUCAGCCACCACGCAGCAUUGACCAACAACAAGUUGUAAAGUACAAGCGAUAUAAUUAUUCUUCAAAAUGGUUUGCAAGGGCUGUGGAUCCAACUGCAAGUGCACGGCGACCCAGUGCGGCGAUAAUUGUGCCUGCAAUCAGGACUGCAAGUGCGUCUGCAAGUCUGGCCCCAAGGAACAGUGCUGCACCACCAAGACCAAGUGAUGUUCUCCGGAAUGAGCCAUUAAAUAAAGUAAACUUCCAGCUAUUACGUUUCA